GAACUCUGACCCUCUCUGGAGCUGCAGCAACCAGCAGAAACAUACACUUUUAUUAAAUAUUAGCGUACAAAAAACUUCAAAUUCAGGCCAGGGUCCCCGCUCAACAUGCCCAUCUCCCCUGGUUAUGCAUUUGGGCCAGCCGUGGAGGAGAUGCUGCAGCAGUCUCACGGGGCGAGGGAGUCGUCAAAACAGAGCUACUGCACCCCAGACCUUGCUGUAAAUUAGAUUACCAGGAAGUGCCAAUGAAUGACCAUCAUGACGACUGUGGAAGAACUGGUGCGUCAGAUAGUUGAACAGCAAAUGGUAGAGGUCUCUUCAUCCCAUGGGACUACAGUAGGACGACACGUAAUGGAUAGCACAGGACAAAGAUUACAGAUUGUUCCUGCAGACAGUGGCAUGGCCUUAGCACAGCACAUACAGAUUGUCACAGACCAGCAAACCGGCCAGAAAAUUCAGAUUGUAACGGCUGUUGAUCAGGCAUCAGCGGGGAAGCAGUACAUCCUGACCAAUUCUGGUUCUACACCGGGCAAGGUGAUCUUCGCCAGGCAGGACCACUCACAGGGAAAAGUCAUCUUGGCAACGCCCGAUGGGACCGGCGUCAACCAGCUGCUUUUUACUUCAUCUGACAUGGCGACACAGCAGUUCCAGAUUGUUACAGAUUCUGGAUCAGCAGAGCUAUCCCCAUCAAAACCUAUAAUUGAAUAUUGUGUGGUGUGUGGCGACAAGGCAUCGGGGCGCCACUAUGGGGCAGUGAGCUGUGAAGGCUGCAAGGGGUUCUUCAAAAGAAGCAUCAGGAAGAACCUUGUGUAUACCUGUAGAGGGACCAGGGACUGCGUCAUCAACAAACACCACCGUAACCGUUGCCAGUACUGCCGGCUGCAGCGGUGUGUUGGCUUUGGGAUGAAACAGGACUCUGUUCAGUGUGAACGGAAGCCAGUUGAAGUUUCCAGAGAAAAAUCAAUAAACUGUGCAGCCUCCACGGAAAAGAUUUACAUCCGAAAGGAUUUGCGCAGUCCCCUGGCUGCCACUCCCACAUUUGUAACAGACAAGGAGACUUGCAGGGCCACAGGUUUGCUGGAUCCAGGAAUGCUUCUGAACAUUCAGCAGCCUUUCCCAAAGAUUGAGAAUACAAUGACAAUGUCAUCACCUGAAAAGAGCGACUCUUACGAAGGUGAUUUAAGCACGCUAGCGAAUGUGGUCACAUCACUUGCACACCUGAGCAAGUCAAAGGAUUUGAGCGACAGCAACGCAGACUUGUCAACAAUGGAGACCUUAAGUAACGGCGUUAGUUCUGUGACUGAAAUACAACAGGGAGAGCAAUCAACAAGUGAAAUCACAAGAGCCUUUGAUACACUUGCAAAAGCACUGGACCCAGCCGAGCAUCUCCCAGCUGAACAUGUGGAAUCCAACAUGCAGCUGGUGUCAGGAGAUCAGUCUGGAAGCAUUAUAGAAAUUGAAGGUCCUAUCCUAAGUGAUGUCCAUGUUGCUUUUAAGCUUACAAUGCCUUCACCUAUGCCUGAAUACCUUAACGUUCACUACAUCUGUGAAUCCGCGUCAAGGCUGUUGUUCCUGUCUAUGCAUUGGGCACGCUCUAUUCCUGCUUUCCAAGCACUGGGGCAGGACAACGAAAUAACUUUGGUGAAAGCAUGUUGGAAUGAACUCUUUGCAUUGGGCCUAGCACAGUGUUCACACGUUAUGAACGUGGGCACCAUUUUAACUGCCAUUAUAAAUCACCUCCAGAGCAGUUUACAACAAGAUAAAUUAUCAGCAGACAGGGUCAAACUUGUAAUGGAGCACAUCUGGAAGAUGCAAGAAUUCUGUAACAGCAUGACUAAUCUGUGCCUGGAUUCUUACGAAUAUGCAUACUUGAAAGCUAUUGUUCUCUUUAGCCCUGAUCAUCCAGGCAUAGAUAAUACUCUUCAGAUUGAAAAGUUCCAAGAAAAGGCAUACAUGGAAUUACAAGAUUAUGUCACCAGAACCUACCCAGAAGAUACUUACAGAUUGUCAAGGCUCCUUCUGAGGCUACCGGCAUUGAGACUGAUGAGUGCAGCCAUCACAGAAGAAUUAUUCUUUGCUGGCCUCAUAGGAAAUGUACAGAUCGACAGCAUCAUCCCCUAUAUUCUGAAAAUGGAAACAGCAGACUAUAACAGCCAGAUAAUUAGUUCUUCCCUUUAAGUAUAGCAAGUAGGUGAAAUAGGCUAACAGCAAAUUUAGCAUUUGUACAUAAAUGAAUUGUUCAAAAAUACAGUUAAAAACUGUACAAUUGUUGCAAUUGAAAUAAACCUGGCUUUUACCUAUAA